CUCUAUUCUCCCCCAAUUCACAUUCUUACAUUUUGUUCUAUUCUAAGUCUGCGUCUCGGUUUUGUUCUGUCCCCAAACGCAGCGCCAUCUUCCUCUCUUAAUGAAUUGCGCGCCUCUCCAUUUUCUCUCCCGAUCCUCCACCCCCACCGGACGUAUUUACUCCUCUCAAUCUGACCCCAACCCUUGUGCUUAAAAUCCCCAACUUCGACGAUUCCUUUUCUGACAAAUGAUGCAUUAAAUAUGAAGGAUGAAUAACGAAGGGCAUUGCGAGCUGCAACGGUGAAAUGUGACCUGAAUAUCAAAGAAUUACUAGCAAUUGAAUCGGUUGCUGACUAUGCAUUGCAUUGCUUGUUCCCGCAGUUCAGAGAUAGCCUGCUUUGUGUAUCGAAAGUCUUGUUUUUCACCUAUAUGUGCAUUGAAUCUGAGGUUGAAGAAUAGCAGUUGGUUUUCUUUGUCUAUAGCUUGUGGAAUGGCAGAUAAAUCAUGUAUCAAGCGGCUUCAGAAAGAAUAUAGGGCUCUUUGUAAAGAGCCUGUUUCACACAUUGUUGCUCGUCCCUCUCCCAGUGAUAUUCUUGAGUGGCAUUAUGUUUUGGAGGGAAGUGAGGGGACUCCUUUUGCAGGUGGGUACUACCAUGGAAAGAUUAAAUUUCCUCCAGAGUAUCCAUACAAACCUCCGGGAAUCAGCAUGAUCACCCCAAAUGGUCGGUUCAUGACUCAGAAGAAAAUUUGCUUAUCUAUGAGCGACUUUCACCCAGAAAGUUGGAAUCCUAUGUGGUCUGUCUCUAGCAUUCUAACCGGGCUUCUUUCAUUCAUGAUGGACAACAGUCCUACUACUGGCAGCGUGAAUACUACUGCUGCUGAGAAGGAACGCUUGGCUAAGGCUUCUCUUGCAUUCAAUUGUAAAAACCCAACAUUUAGAAAACUGUUUCCCGAAUACGUGGAGAAUUUCAAUCAGCAGCAGCAAUCGGAGCAGCUUGUUGCAGAACAGGUAUCACCAAAGCCAUCAGUGGAAGGAGAAGCUAGGAAACUAAUUGAGAAGGUGAAGUCCAUGGAAGGGAACAUAAACAAAGCAGCAGAUGGAGACCACAUGAAAAGAAAUCGGAAGCAGUCGUUCCCUACAUGGUUGAUGUUGCUGCUGUUCUCGAUCUUCGGCGUCCUAAUGGCAUUGCCUCUCCUUCAACCAUGAAGCUGAGAAAUGGGAAGAUUGCAUAGGUAAUGGUAGAAAGACUAGCUGCUUCUGCUUGUGCAAGUCAAGGAUGCUCAUAUUUUUGCAUGUACUUCACACACACACAGUGUCUGUAUAUAGAUGGUCUGGUGUCUGUCUGUGAUGUGGCCUUCACCUCACUGAGAGUCUGUUAUGUUUGAAAUAGUCGCUUGAAAACCAAACCUCUUUUGUUUGUCUAUAAAUGUUUUUGUUUAAAUAAUAUUAUUAGCUGAGCGUGACGCUGCACAGGGCCCCACUGCA